GUUGCUUAGCAACAGCCGUCUACAAGCCAGGCACCUCCCCGCCGCUGCUCGCCGUUCCCUCAGCUCAUUGGUCACCUCCCCUGUCCGUCCCGCCCCGGGCUUUGUCAGGCUCCCGCAGGCCGAGCGGCUGGGCUGGGGCUGGUUGAGAGUCCACCGUGGGGUGCAGGGGCCGCGACGGGCUGAGAUUGGUGAAACACCGUUAGAGAGAUGAACUUGAUGACAAAGGGUUUCAGUGAGCUCAAGGAAUUAAGCAGCCGAAGGCAACAGACCCCAGUCUGGAAGCUUCCCAGCGGUAGAUCCACGCUGAGUAAAUCAGCUCAAGCAGUCAGACGCUACUAUGAGAACCAAGCUGAUAUCAGACCUGCUGGCUUCUCUGAGUCAGAGUAUGAGCCCCAGGUGGAGGAAUUACAGAGAUCUUUUCUAAUGCGCCCUGGAUGUCCUAGAUUUAGUAACAAAGCAACUUCAACAUCCCAGCUUGAAAGUACUUUAUCAGACGUCCCUGAUUUGUCCUUUAAUUUGAGUACCAUCAGUCUGUCCUCCCAACUCAACUUUGAAGAGUGGAAUGCUGUCUUUCAGAACACACAUCCAUCAGAACUGCCCACUAAAGCAGCUGGCCAGCUCCUACCCAGUAAAAGUUUCACUGGUCUCUCUAAAUGGAAGAGUUUCACAGAAGGAAUAGUUCCAGCUGAACAACAAAGAGGACCUAUAGAGAGUAAAAUCCCAUGGUAUAUUGGUGUAAUCCGUGAGAAGGAACAAUGCUUGUUGAUGAUGGGAGAAGAGAUUAGUCGUCUUUCAAGAUGUGAAGCAGAAUGUGCAAGGAAGGAUGAUGUAAUCUCUAUCCUUAGGGAGGAGAUGGAGAAUCUGAAGAAGCAUCUGGAGCUGCUCAGGAGGGAAAGUGUCAUCACAAAGGAGAAAGAUGCAGCCUCAGAACCUGUAGUUGAUAACAGCAAGACAAAGAUGCCUAGGCUAAGAAGUUCAGUGCAGGAUGGCUUAGGAGAAAGUGGCACUAAAGAAGAUUUGAGAGAAGAGGUGGCAUGCUUAAAAUUAAAACUAAGCUACUCUGAUAAAAUGCUCAACUCUAAGAUUGCUAGCCUGUCUGAGUCCUUGAUGAAAGACCAGGAGGAACUAUGGCAACUGGAAAAGGAGUACUCAGAAAUGCAGCAAAAGGGCUUGAGACAAGAGGAGAUGGGAAAAGAGCUUCUUAGUGGUACAGAGAUUGAAAUGGCUUCUGAAGAGGAGGGGGAGAAUGAGGCAGAGGCAGAAGAGAAAGCAUCCCUGAUCAAGCUCAGAGAAUUCCAGCAAAUGAACCAAGAACUCUGUAAAGAACUGGAGAAAGCAAAAACAGACUAUGACAUGGCCACAGGUGCCAUCACUUCCUUGCAAAGGCAGCUGGCUUUCCAGGAGUCACAGCUACGGAGAGCUGAGUCUGAAAAGGAAAUGCUACAGAAGGAGCUUCGAGAGCGGGGAAAUCAACUACAAGCCAUGUCUGCCAAGUUUUCCAGCCUUCGAGAAGAACGGAAGCGUGAAGAAAUGAUGGGAAUAAUAGAGAGAGAAAAUUACAAACUCCGACAGGACAUUGUGGAACAAGAAUCCAAACUGGCCGAGAAAAACAAACUGAUUGAUGAUUUGCAGAGCAAGAUAAACCAGCUCCAGGCAGAGGUUAUGGUAGCCCAGCACCACAUGCAGAAGCAGCUGUGUGACCAAAGUGAGAUGCAGAACCAAGUCGAGGCCUUGAAGCACGCUGAGCAGCAGGCCAAAGUUGCACUGGAGUGCAUCAGUGCCAGGUUUGAAAGAUUUCGAAGCAAAAUAAUUCAGGCCACAUACAGCGCUGCAGGUGCCAAAUCCCCCCAAGCUGAAAUUAGCGAUGAGGAGGCACUGGAGGCUAUGCAGAGAAUAAUUAGCGAGCGGCUGGAUUUUCAUCAGAUGCUGAAACAAAAGGGUGUGAAGGUCCCGUCUCUCUUCAGCACUGAGCCAGCAAAUGUGUCCUCUCCUAAUUCUAAGACCACCAAAAAGAGUCCUGUGAAAUAGGGUCUUGUACGCUGAGAGCUGAUUCCUGCAGCUGAGUCACAGAGUUAGAAAGGCACUUUCUCCUGAGGCUCUUUUCUGGUUGCAUUUUGGUUUGUUCUCUGAUGUUUUGUUUUUUAUUGACAAAUUAAACAAUUAAAUUUGACUUCAACUGUGUUCUGUUAAGCCAGCUGAUCUCUAAUUAGUCUACACUGUUGCCUUAUAAUUGGAAUUGGGGACUGGAAUCAGGGCUCAAUUUGCCAUAAAUCACUUAUUCUCUCAGGUUUUCCAUCUGUAGGAUAAUCUCCACCACUCACUGGCGUUAUGAGAGUUAAUGUGAGUUUGCAAAGUGCUUUGAGAGUUCUUGGAUAAGAGGUGCUAGAAAAUGAAAAUGAUUCCUUCUGUGUUGCACACCACCUGCUUUGGCCAGGUUCUCUCAUUGCUGCUCAUCAUGCUCCUUUUAAACACAAUGUGCAGGCAUAAUCAUUGGAUCACCAAGCUUUUCUGACCUGAAACGAGCAGGCCUUCCAAACUUGCCAGAUUCUAGCAAUCCCAUCCAGGUCAUCUCUGAGCAUAUCCUACAACAGGAUGGUUCCCAACCACUGCUAGAUAUCACUAGUGCUGGCAAUCUAAGCUUUAGUAAUCAGUCUUCCCCUUCCCAAUCUUAAUGAUAAACCACUGGGCCAGGCUCUCAUACAAUGUCACUGCCAACCUCCCAUUCAGCUGUGCACCCUCGAACCCACCAUAGAGUUUGGACCUGGAUUCUGUUCUGGCUCAUGCAUCCUUAUCAGAAUUAUUCAUUGAGUUCCCAUUUCAAAAAUCUUUUUCAUUGGCAAUGCAUGAGCCAUAGACAACCUGCUUGAUUUUCAGAUACCAAGAUCAAGUUUGCAGGCCUGGCAAUUAGAAAAAUAAAAUCUUUUGGAUUGCAAAGUGAGCAUAAUUGAGCAACAAACACAGAACCCCACUCUGUCAUUUUUACAGUCACUUCUCAACUGUACCUUAUUGCCAUUAAUAACAGCAAGCUAGAAACCUGCCUUUGUGACCAAAAUUUGUAACCAGUUCCAUAAUCGAUGAUCACCUCCUUGACAUGCACACGGUUAUUCCUUCUAACUAACAGAAUAGGGCAAAUACCCUAAUAUCUACUUCCCAGCAGACUUCCCCACGUGCCAAUUCCGUGCUGUCAGCAGGUCGCUCCAAAGACAGUUACAAAUCCAAAUUGCAUGUUUGUGUUUUACCCCUAACCAAGAGCCACACUUAGGAAUUUCCCAUUGGACAAAGUUAUUCCAAAUGCAUAAAACAGCCUCCUCAUCUGUAAGAGAUUUCUGGCUGAAUUAUGUCACAGUAAAUAAAAGGUCUGGUUCUCCAGGGCCUGGACCUAGUGACCUCAUCUACACCAGUGUAAAGUUGUGAUGAAAUGCUGCCAAAUCAGGAUUCUCCACUCACUUGUACCGUUUCACGCCUACUUUGCAAAAGGGCACAGGGUGACAAGAGAUUCAAACCCAAAGCCCUUAGAAAGGCUAAGGAUACCAACCUCUCUGCCACCGAACAGAACGAUAGGUUUGCAACUCAGAUGGUUGCCUCAUGGUUAUUUAGAAAUGAAAUCCAUCCCCAUGUGGCAUCCCAGCCCUUUGCCUGGAGUUCUACAAUGCUUGCAUCCAGAGAUCUAUUACAAAAGUCAACCAGGCUAAAGGACAUUUUCCUCUUCAGCUUAGCUCAAGGCUGAAUCUUCAUGAUGAACAUCUGCCAUUGCCCUCUUUGGUCUGAGCUUUGCAUUUUUCUAGGUGGCAUCUUCACACAGCUAAAUGUCUCUUGGAAAACACCAUUGCAGAUGGUUAGUGAGGGAUGUGCCAUUGCUUUUCUCUUCAGUUUUAAUAUUUCUAACACAACCAAACACAAAAGCAACUUCCCUUUUGCAUUUCCCUGUGAACUGAUGUGAGAUGCUGGACUAAGGGUCCUACAUAAGCAAGCUCCGUAGGACCCUAACAUUGGUCCUCCACUCCGGCCUGGAGUGGACCGUCUCUGGGAGCAAGACAGGAGUUAAUUCCUUAGGCCCCUUGAAGCUGUGCCCUCUCUGCUGAGAUGGAUGAUCUAGCUGCCAGUUGUAAAGGUGAUUUUGGGAUGCUGACAGCUGCCCACUCAGUACUGAACUGGGGCUACUGCCAGAUGC